AUGGUCGACGAACACUCCGACAUCUUAGGCGGCUAUCUGCAGAAGGCCCCGCCCCAGUCGUUCAAGGCCUGGUUGGCGGAUAACCCGACUAUCGCUGCGCCUCUUGCGGCGGUGUUCUCGCUCGCUUUCAUAUUGGGAUUCGUACCCUGGUUCAAUCGAUGGCAAGACCGACGGUACCGCAAGAGAUACGGUAUCCCGGACGACGACGAACGCCCUUUCAACGUUGCCUACGCCGCGGUGCAUGCGCGCACUGGGGAGUCUGAGGAAGGUAGUCGCGAGGCUUCAGAGCAAUCAGACGAGGGUCCCUCUACGCUACGCCACGAGGAACUGUCUUGUACGUCUUGCGCAUGCUUCCCGUCGUGCUCGCUCUCACCGCCUCUUCCUUCAGACCUCCGUGAGCCGGAAGUGCCUCGCACCGCAAGCCAUGCACCAUACGCGUCGCAGUAUGAUCCUCGUCGAGUCAAUUACAACGCAUGGCAAGCCGGACCGUCGGCUACGCUUGUUGAGGAGCCUGUCGUCAGGAACUACGCUCGGACGCCUGUCCGAAGGGAACCAGACACAUCAGCCACGAUCUCGCCGAGCACCGUGAGUGACGCCACUGGUCAAGACGCAUCACCGCCUGCGCUCAAGACUCAAGGCAAGCACGCGCGUGAUGAAGAUGAAAUGGGGCAGCCUGAGAAGAAGUCAAGAUUAGCAGGCGCCGUCCAUGAUGUCGAUGAAGGCGUCGUGGUUGAUGGUGAAGACGACACAGAGGACAUGGAUGUCGACGCCGUACAACCCAAGAGAGGCUCCAAGCGACAGGCUAGUGUUGACGAUGACGAGGGCAUUGAGCGGACGCGCGAGAGGGGUAGGGAUAAACGGGCACGCAAGGUGUCCCGCGAACAGGUACUCGGGCAGUCUGACGAAGAGAUGGCUGAAGUCCAGGCAGUGGAUGACGAGGAUGAAGUUACGGAGAUGCGGCCGGUGCGGAGGGGCAAGAAGCGAGACCGUGACGAGGCUGGCUCUACGUUCGGUGGCGAUGAGUCUAUUGCUGAUGAUGUCGAGUCGGAUGGCGGUCACAAGUCUCGUAGGAGGCGCAAGAGGCGUGCGAUGGCAAAGAAGGCUGAGAACUCCGCCCGUGGCCAGAAACGCACUCGCGACGUUGCCUCGGAAGAGAGUGAAGAGGAGCCUGAACGGCCAAAGAGGCGCGUCACUCGCAGGCAGCGUGGCAACCGUGACCACGAUCCGUUGUUCGACGCGCCACUCUCCAAUGAUCCAUUGUGCAAGGGUAGACGGAUUGGAGAGGAGUGGGAGGUCAAUGAAAUCCACUACAAGGUUGGUCCCAAUGGACAGCGGUUACGUCAGGAAUUGGUCAAGAGGUCCCGCACUCGUUUCCCUAUGCCAAAGGAUUCAGCCCAUCCCGACCGCCGUACCAACAUCGAUGUAUACGUGGAAACAUGGCUGACUGAAGAAGAAUAUCAGGCGGCCAAAGAACGUGGCGACUUGGCAUGGCAGGACAGCCCGGCCCCAGACUAUCCGUCUAGAUCCGGCAAGAGUCUAUUGUGGGCUUCGCAACCAACCACGCCGGAGAGUCCCGCGCCACAGAGGGGUCCUUUCAGGCAGUCAAUAGUUACCAAUUCGUCGAGUCGCUUCGCGCCCCAGUUACCGCAAGUCACCACGCCCGAGGUCACUCCGUCAAAGCCGCGCGUCACCAAGACAUACUCGAAAUGGGAGAAGCAGGAUCUUGAGGCAGCCGCCAUGGCUAAGAUCAGGGAGAGGAAGCUGGCACAGGCAAGAGAGGCUCUGAACCCCACGCCUACUCCGCCCACACAGGCUGCUGCCACUCAGCUACUUUUGACGCCCGCAGUGGCUGCUCCUUCGACCUCCGCAGAGGAGCCAGAGAAACCAGCUCAGCCCACAGGUGACAAACCGUCUAUUCCGUUUUCUUUGGCGCGCCGCCCGCACCUGCCCCUUCGACAUCAAACGGGAACCCGCAUCGACUACUGCCCCUCCUGCUACCAAGGAAGCCCCGAGACCUUUUUCAGCCUCGCUCCUGUCUCCACUUCUACAACGCCCGCUGCUCCUACGACCGCUCAGCCAACGUCCUCUAACAACACCACAACUGCGCCACAAGCGUCUCAGCCAAGCACCCAAUCGCAACCCACGGCGUGUGCGCCCCCUGCGAGUUCAUUCAACUUUGGGACUAAGCCCGCUUCUGCUGCCCCUGCAUCAAGUAGUGCAUCCUCGUUCAAUCCUUUUGGUACUGUUCCCAGCACGCAGCCUUCAGCGGCCUCCACUGCGAGCUCAGCCCCCAAGUCAGCAUUCUCGUUUGCGCCGCCGACCUCCGGGGCGACUACAGCGCCGAUAAAGUGCGCCCACGGGAACGAGCUCUGGUCCUUCUCUGCUGGCACGUCUCGGUCCUCAGGUACAGGAGUCGUCCACUCACCGCAGACUAGCACGCCUGCUUCAGGUUCUACGGCCGGACCCAUGAAGUUCUCGUUCACGCAACCAAGCGCACCUACAGGGAGCACGCCAGCGACCGCGUCGUCGAACACGAACGCCGCGUCCGCGCAGAAGUUCAGCUUCGGUGCUGCACCUGCUGCGUCGCCCACGCCUGCCGCCACGGGCGCGACGAACACAUCAAAGCCAUUCUCUCAACCAGCCCCUGUGGCUCAACCGAGCGGGAAUGCGACAUCACCCUUUGGUGGCGCCGGGCCUUUCGGACAGACCACAACUUCGGCUUCGACGCCGUCCACUGUCAAGACGCCAGCUGCUUUCGGUUUCGGCGCGCCUGCCUCCCCGUUCGGCGGUCCUGCCACAACGGCGAAUACGACUCCCAGUAAACCAGAAGGUAGCAAUGCUGUGUUUGGUGGUAGCAGCGCGCCAGCUAACACGGCUGGCUCGAAGUCUGCCUUCACUUUUGGUGCGACUGGUGGUACGCCCACGUUCGGAGGGUCUACUGGAACCUCUGCUCCUCAAAUGAACUCAGCUAACCCGUUCGGAGCGCCGACCAGCGCGACACCCAAGCCGUUCUCCUUCAACUUCGGAGCUGCCCCUUCCUCGUCUCCGGCGACACCGUCAAAUCCUUUUGGGGCUCAGCCAACCACCACCCCAACGUUCGGCACAACGUCGCAGCCAGCUUCAAAUCCGUUUGGUUUCGGAAACGCUUCGUCUUCUACGCCUUCUUCAUUCAACUUUGGGAACGCCUCCAACACCAACCAAAAUCAGAAGCACCCUCGUCCUCGCCCACCAGCGAAAGCACGAAGGCUGCCUUCGGUACAGUUUCCCCAGCUUCCGCCUCCGCCAUAUGCACCUUCGCUGGAUCAAGUGGUGCUGGAUGCAGCGAGCGCCGUCUCCGAACUACCCGUCGGUGUAGAUGACAUCAAGCCACCUCUGUUGCCGCAAGACUCAGAGGAAUGGGUCAAGGAAAGGUCGAGGGAGGAGCUAUCCGAACUGCUACUGAAGGCAGGGGAGCUGAUCAAGUCUCGUGAAACUGAGCUGGGCUUGACGUCUACGAUCAUCCAGAGUCUGUACCAAGACAACGUCGAGCUCAAGACCAAGCACGAGACGCUGCUCUCCCGUCUGCCCUCCUCGCCUGCACCCACGGCACCUACUUCUCCAAUAGUCCCCACGCCGAACAGGAUUCUCUCGCCUGACUACUCCGAUAACGCGGAGCUCCUCGACAAGCUUGACAAGCUUGAAGCUGAGUCGAGGAAGUCCGACCAGGCGGGCAAACGGAAGUUGCGAAAGCUCGAGCACGAGAUCCAGCUGCUUCAACAAGAGCUCGAGGAGACUCAGGCAAAGGAAGCGGAGCUCGAGCAGGCACGCCUCACUGUGAGUCUCUCAGAGGAGGAGGCUCAGCGGCGAAAGGAGGAGCGCGAGGAACGUGUGCGGGUGUUUAGGGAGAAACCAGGGACAUCCGUGUCGAGCUCGGACACUGCUGUCGACCUCGAAGAGAUCAAGGACUUCGCACCGCCGUCCGAGCUACGUUCGCCAGGCUCGAUACGAAUACCCUCAGUUCGUGCUUCUCAGCCCUUUGCACCUUCUCAGGCCGCAGUCGAGAGACCCAUCCUACCACCUUUGGGAUUACCUGAGCCCGACGCUCUCCCUAUGUUUCGGCCUCGUCCCCGCUUCUUGAGUACGCGGACACCGUCCGGUGCUGAAUCUGCCAUCGUCUCGCAGUUGUUGCAGAAGAUCCAGGAGCUGGAGGAGACGAACGCGCAGAUCUCAAAGGACCAGCAACUGACGGAGGAGCGGCUGCGCUCUGCACAGUGGGACUCGGAGAGCAUCCGUCGGGUGUACGAUUGUCUCGAUGGCGUUGAUGGUGUCGAGCUGGAGGUUGUGGCAGAGGACAGUCUUGAGGAGAGCCCGACCAAGCUGAGGAGGAUGGCGUCCGGUGGAACCAUCAAGUUCAGCAGCCUGAGGCGCUCUAUUCACCAGGACCUCAGCAAGUCGCUUGGGUCUGAGCAACUGGACACGUUCGCUAGCGGCAUUUCGGGAGAAAUGCGGAGUACGGUGCGCAGUGCGGUCACACAGAAACACGCUGCAGCGCACAAGGCUCGCAAGUCUGUCGUGGGUCUAUUCGAUCACGGGCAGUUGACUCCCGACUCUCCCGUGGAUGGCAGCGCGCCGUUCUUCUCGUCGCCCGCUGCUCGUGUAUUCUCGCCUGUGAUGGGCUCCGAGCUCGGGGAUAUAUCCACUUGGUCAACUGCCGCAACGGAUGGAGUGGCAUGCGCAUCUCCAGCACUCAGCAGCGGCCUGCGGACACCCUUUCCUGGUACUAUGGGCCGGACACUGGGUAGCGAGCUCGGCAGCGAAUGCGGUGACGACUGGGGUGCCAACACGGUCAACUAUCACCUCAGGACUACCAGCCUAUACGGCAUGACAGGGCUGGACCUGUCUCGCGAAGCCUCAGUGUCGCCACAGUUCGUCUUCCCUGCUCUCGAUGACUCGGAUGAAACGACCUCGUCUCCACAACAGGAAGACUGGGAUGCAGAGGCAGGUCCCUCGACGCCUAAGAGGGCACCUGCCUUGCAGCUCACGAUUGAACCGCCGACGCCUGAGACGUCCACACCCAAGAGGCCGGCCUCAGCGAGGCAGAAACGGCUGUCACAGACGGUCCGUUCGCGCACGCACCGGUGGGUCGAGGGGCGGUUCUCACCACACUCGCUGUCAUCCUCAUCGUCAAGAUCACCGGAGCCCAUCAGUCGGCGGCCAUCCGCGAAGGCGAGGGCGCGCUCAGGCCUCGAUACAGAGCUGACGAUGGACGAGGUGUUUGACGAGGCCGCGCGGGGCCUCUCGCAGAUGCAGAUCAGAGCGAGGAGACAGAUUCCGGAAUUCUUCCGCGAGGAUGAGCCCGCUGAGCCCGAGGCAGACGACAGGAUCAAGGAACGAGGUGGCCAGGAUGCGGACACAUCUGCGGUGCAGGUGCGCCCGGACACCUCGGGCGUCUUGGAGGCUGAGCGGCAGGGGCGAAUCUCGCGGUUCGUGGUCGAGUUGUGGUUGUGGUUGCAGUUCGCCCUCGUGAUUGUGGUCUUCUUGUACGCGAUGGCGAGGAGAGGUCCGAAGAGCGUGUUGGAGGAAGCGGACCGCCGGCGGGCACGAGCUGCGAGUGCUUAA